AUGUUGGGGAUUUGGACACUCACUCUUCUUUUCCUGGGCACAGUCAGAGGAAAAGAAGUCUGCUAUUCAGAUCUUGGAUGCUUUCCAGAUGAUGAGCCUUGGGGUGGAACAGUAGUAAGGCCACUUAAGGUUUUACCCUGGAGUCCAGAAAAAAUCAACACCCGCUUUUUGCUCUACACAAAUGAAAAUCCAAACACCUUUCAAUUACUCAACCCAUCAGAACCAUCCACCAUUGAGUAUUCAAAUUUCAAAACAGACAGGAAGACUCGUUUCAUCAUCCAUGGCUACAUAGACAAAGGAGAAGAGAGUUGGCUGUUGGAUAUGUGCAAGAAUAUGUUUGAAGUGGAAGAGGUGAACUGCAUCUGUGUAGACUGGAAAAGUGGCUCACAAACUACUUAUACCCAGGCUGCAAACAACAUCCGGGUUGUAGGAGCUGAAGUUGCUAAUUUAAUUAAAGUUCUUUCAACCGAAUAUCAAUAUCCACCUUCCAAAAUCCACAUCAUUGGCCACAGUGUGGGAGCUCAUGCAGCUGGAGAGGCUGGACGAAGGACACCUGGUUUGAGUAGAAUUACAGGGUUGGAUCCUGCAGAGUCUUCUUUUGAAGGUGCUCCAGAGGAAGUUCGACUGGAUCCCACUGAUGCACAGUUUGUUGAUGUGAUUCAUACUGAUUCAGCUCCUUUGAUCCCUAAUCUCGGUUUUGGAACAACUCAAUCAGUUGGUCAUCUUGAUUUCUUUCCAAAUGGAGGAAAAGAAAUGCCUGGGUGUAAGAAGAACAUCCUUUCACAGAUUGUGGAUAUAGAUGGCAUUUGGUCUGGAACUCGGGACUUUGUGGCUUGUAAUCACUUGAGGAGCUACAAAUACUACACUGAUAGCAUUCUGCAUCCUGAUGGUUUCACUGCAUUCCCCUGUGUUUCCUAUAAAGCUUUUAACUCUCACAAGUGCUUCCCCUGUCCAGCUGAAGGUUGCCCACAGAUGGGUCACUAUGCUGAUAAAUUCGCCGGGAAAACAACUCCAGGGGAACAAAAAUUCUUUCUGAACACUGGAGAUGCAAGUGACUUUGCUCGAUGGAGAUACAAGGUUUCUGUCACGCUGUCUGGAAGAACAGUCACUGGCCAGGUAAAAGUUGCUCUGUAUGGAAGUAAUGGAAACACCAAGCAAUACAACAUCUUUACGUAA